AUGACAGUUUCAUAUUCGGCAGAUGUCGCCACCGAAUCUUUUUCGGUAUUUUUUAAAAUAUUGAUUCGCUGGAAAGGAACCGUUUAUAAAAUUUUAUGGAAAGAAUUCUUGAUAUUUAUUUGCAUGUAUUUAACCAUAAACAUGACAUAUAGGUAUAAAUUAAAGAAUGAUCCAGAAAAAAGACGAAUGUUUCAAACAGCUGUUUUGGCGUGUCAAAAAAUUGCCGACGGAAUUCCAUUAGCUUUCAUUUUAGCUUUUUACAUUACUACCGUCGUGAAUAGAUUUUGGGAUCGUUACGAUUCUCUGCCAUGGCCCGACACAUUAGGAUUUAGUAUUUCAUCUUUCAUUCUAGGACUGGAUGAAAGGGGGAGGCUUCUUAGAAGAACAAUUAUACGUUACGUGAACAUAUCCUUCAUUUUACUCAUGAGGCAGAUAUCGACACCUGCUAAGAAAAGAUUUCCUACCCUCAAUCAUUUAGUGGAUAGCGGGGUCAUGUUUUUAGUGGAAAAAGAAGCCUAUGAAAAUGUCAAAUGUAUUUACCCUAAAUGGUUGAUCCCUUUGGCUUGGUGCAAUACCCUCAUUUCUGUAUGUAAAAAGGAAGGAAGAAUAAAAGACGAGUUUGCUUUGUGUAAGCUGGUUGAAGAGAUUUGUUUAUUUCACGAGGCCUGUAGGAGAACAUUCGACUACGAUUGGGUUUGCAUUCCCUUAAUCUACACGCAAGUCGUAGUAAUCUCGUUAUAUUCGUAUUUUUUGACGAAUCUUAUGGGCAAGCAAUUAGUUGAUAUUGAUUUGGAAAAAAUAGCUAAGGGAUCAAUAGAUUCUGAAUUUAGUUGGCUCUCCACUGUGUUUUUCUUAUUUCAAUUUCUUUUUUACAUGGGCUGGAUCAAAAUAGCUGCCACAAUUGUCAAUCCGUUUGGAGAAGAUGAUGAUGAUUUUGAAAUUAAUUAUCUAAUUGACAGGCAUCUUAAGAUUGGCUAUGUGUUAGUAGAUGAAAUGUACAAUGAACAUCCUGAAUUACUGAAAGAUUCUUUCUGGGACCUAAAAGAGGUCAAAUUACCUUAUACCACCGCAUCUGCUCAAUCAGAGAAAGAGGGCCCCAAAGGUUCGGCUGUGGACGUCAAAAUUGUUCCUGAAGAGUCACAUUUUCUACCACUGGAAAAAAUACAGGAAGAAAAUAUAGUAGAUCUCGAGAAUUAUAUUCUCGGUACUAGUUUAGUCGAAGAGACCAAGCAACCCCUCUUAAAAAGGCUGAUUACUAAACCUCUACCUAUUAGGGGUAAAGAGAGGAAUUCCGUUACAGGAUCAUUGAUGUCCAUCGAUUCCUACAGAGGAGGAAUGUCGACUCGCAAAAACAGCUUAGUCAAAAAAUUAGGCUCGGUUUUGUUUCCCAAAUCUUUCGGUAUUUCAGGGCUUAAGAGCAAACCCUCAUCUAACCAAAGCCUCAAUAAAAUAAGUUCAGUAGAAACUGUCUCUUUGGUGAGCGGUAAGCAGGAAACCCAUAGACCCGACGCAGCAACUCAAAAACUUAUGGAAACCAUCCGGGAGGGAGAAAGAUUGAAAGUUGAUGGGGAUAAAAUGAAAGAAAUUCAUGGGGCACCUAAAACAGACUCAUCUCCUUCCCAAAUUUCUCAAAUUACUUCAAGUAUGUUUCUUCCUGAGACCUAUACAGGAACCGACGAUAUUUUUCGGUUUUCGCUUACCGAUAUUUCGAACUUGGCUAACUUGGAUGAGGUUUAUUAA